AUGGGUAUGGAACUAAGAAUAAUUGUCACCGAUCAAGAUCCAGCUAUGAAAGUGGUGAUUCCAACAGUUUUCAAGCAAGCCAGGCAUCGUUAUUGCAUGUGGCACAUCAUGUGUAAAGUUGGGGAAAAGGUGGGUCCUACGCUGAACAAGGAUGAGGAAUUCAGGAACAAACUGAACUCAAUCGUUUGGACGUCAUCUUUGGAACCUCCUGAUUUUGAGAAGCAGUGGAGAGAGCUCAUGGAAAAGUACAACUUAGUCGAACACAACUGGUUUAAAACUAUGUUUGAGGCUAGAAAGCAUUGGAUCCCAGCGUAUUUUAGAGAUGGAUUUAUGGGAGGACUACUCAGGAAAACUUCUCGUUUCGAAAGUGAGAACUACACGUACAGCCGUUUUACUGGUCCCCAAUCAAGCCUAGUUGAAUUCAUGAUGAACUUUGACAGUGCUCUUAAAUCACAACGUAACACAAACACAAAGCUCAACAGUGACAACGAAGGCUACAAUCCAGAUAUGAAGACGCCUCUGGGGAUUGAAAAGCACGCUUCAAUCGUCUACACCAUUACUGUUUUCUAUCAAGUUCAGGAAGAAAUAUGUGCCUCCUGUUUCAAAUUUGGACUGUUGUGUAGACACAUAUUUGUGGUCUUUAGAGACCUUGAAAGGAUCCCUCUGAAGUACGUGGUUAAUCGGUGGACUAAGGAUGCACCUUUAAAAGCUACAUUUGAAAUAGAUGGUGUGAUUUACAAUCAGAAUGGACCAAAGGAUGAAAAGAAGAUGUUGCUGAACAAAGUGUGGUCUGAUAUACACUGUUGUAUGGAUCUGGCAGGUUCAAACAUGGAGCAAUUGACUGCAUUUUCCCAAGUGAUUAAUGAACAGAAACAGCUGCUACUGUCAGGAAAGGAAAAAUUGUCCCCUCAGCACAGUAGGAGGACUGUUAUAGAAUCAUAUUGUGGAUCAACAGAAAUUUCAGAGAUCAACAUACUUCCACCGAAACAUGCAAAGAACAAGGGCAGCGGCAAGUGUAUCAAAAGCAGCAAUGAGUUGGCAAUGGAAAAAGAAGAGAGCAGGAGGUGCAAUUUUUGUGGUGUUAGAGGAGAUCACCAUGACACCAGGACUUGCCCACUUAACCCCAAAAAUAAGGACAAGCAAAAGGGUAAGAAAAAGGCAUAG